CAAUCACUGCAAUGAAAUUAUUCGAUAUUUUCUUUGAGACUAACUUUUAAAAUGUUCUCGAUUCUGUUGUGAUUUGAGUUUUUUUUUUAAAUGGAUUUCACGUUUAAAAAUUGCAAUAUUCGUUUUUUUUACUACACAUUUCGUACGUUAACGUCUACAAAAACAGUGAUAAUAAAAAUGUUGAAUUAGUCGUAUUUUUUAUAUGUAACACCGAGUCGCAAAUGUUUGUCAUAAACGACAUUCGGUUUUAUCGUAACCGUUCGUAUUUUUGUUCAUUAAGUCAUUAAGUCGGUUUGGAAUACUGACGGGAAAUGGAUCCCAAUAAACCGCCACAAACAGUCCUACAACAAGUGUCUGUUACCAAACAAAUUACUUUUACCUCUCCGACCAACACUAACUAUAUCUUGACACCCAGUAACCUUAGGCCAGUUACCAACUACACGAUUAUUGCCAGUUCACCAGCUUCAAACACGCAGUCAUAUGUCGCACAGACGGGAGUCCGAACUACACUGCCUCAGUAUGUCAACGUACAAGGCGCAACCAAUAUUCGGCACAUUCUGUCUUCCAAUUCUCAACCGUCAAACAUUACCUAUAUGUUGCCCUCUGGCGCCCAUAUUGUUCGGAUGAGUAAUGUUGUCACUACCACAGCUGCUAAUAACCAGAGACUGGGGACACAGUAUAUACUGACAUCGAGUACACAGAGAUCUAGUCCAAGUGUUGUACCUCCAACGGGAUCAGUGUCACAGUCUUCAAUAAUAAGCAAUGUAGUCGUGACAGAUAACAGUGCUGUUGUUGGUGAACUGGUAAAGAGGACUGUUGGAAUGACUUACAAUACUUCUCCGACAUUCCAAAGAGCUAGUAUGAGACUGAGUGCAGCUUAUUUGAAUCAAAUAAGGAGAGGCGAAACAUCCAAAAUUGCAUUCAGACCUAGACUAAAUGAGCAACAGAGACCACGAACUAGUUUCAUUUUAACAUCUAGUGAUUGGGCGCGUACAAAAAAUGUACCAGUCUCAAGUUUACAAAAAAUAGGUACUAACUAUAUGCAAAUACCAAUAAUUCAAAAGACUGCUACCGUAUUGCCUGCAAGGACUAGUGUUGAUGUACGUGUUGGGCAACCACAAAGACCACAACAUCAAGCAAUCCGUUCGGUUAUAUUACCAUCAAAUUAUAGAACAGCGAUGUCACCCCCAAGAGCCACAGAUUGUAGAGUACUUUUAAAUUCUAUUAAUGUACCUACGCAAGUAUUGGCGUCAACUAACAGUAGACCUCGUAUAGCAAGUGUACCAGUUACGAGUAUUCAACGGUAUAGUACUAACUAUAUGUCAAUUCCACUUACCCAAAAACCAGCAACUGUUCUUGCUCGUGGCGGUCCUCACCCUACUAUUGAUAAUAUACGUAUUGGUCCACAACAGCAUCAGACAAUCAGAUCACUUAUUUUACCAUCAAAUUACCGAGCUACAAUGGUAUCUCCGAGAAGAGGUGUAGAUUAUAGGCUCAUAUUAAAACCAGUUAACAUUCAAUCUCAGGUUUUAAAAAAUUUACCAUCCCCACAUCAUAUUUCUUCAAGACAAGUGUCACCGCCUCUACCAUCAUCUACUCCUAACCGCGUUCCUUUAACACGUCUUCAAAACACUAGAGUCCAUCACGAAUCUGAGAUUAUAGCGAGUUCAAAAAUCACACCAAUUCCAUUAAAAGGCAGAAAAGGUCUUUUAGUUAUAUCUGAAGGAACUAUCAAAAUGGUUAUCAAUGAACUCAACGAUAGACAUGUUUGCAGUGGUGAUUCAACUGAACUAACACAGGAAGGAAUAGAAAUUAUGCAAACGGAAGUAUCUCAUAAAUUGUUUCACUUAAUAAGGGAAUGUAAAGUAAUGUUAGCACAAUUACGCACAAAUGUUCUGACUGAAGAGAUUUGUCGAGAAGUUUGUGCCGACUUUUUUACACCAUUUUAUGGAAACAAAUUGUGGCCGUUAUUUUGUUUGAGAAAAAAACCUUUUGAUAAAGAAUUUGGUGUUGAUGAUGAAAAAGUAUGGAUAAGGAAGCACAAUAUUGUCAAUGUGGUUGGAUGGAUAAAACACCCAAAGUUUCGUUCUCCAAGCUAUAUAAAAAAACGUAUCUUAAAGAAACCCGAACCAAAUAUAUCAGAUGUGCCAAAUGAAAAGAAACAAUCAAACGAAGUGACUUCAACGUCAUCCAAUGUCUUAAACGGAAAAGCAGAAUGCAGUAAUAAUACAAAAACUUUAUCAGCUACUAAAAUAGUGUGUGCUCCUUUGAAAAUCGCUAAUAAAAAGUUGGCUGGAGAAAUACCACAUAUUAGUCGUACAAUUAUACAAUCUCCGCACGGCCCUUUAAAUAUACUGUCGAGGCAUUCGACUUAUACGUCUUCUAUGAAAUCAUUAAACAUUUCUCAGAUUAGGCAUACGCCCAUCACGAGGCCAGUAGGCUCUUUAAAUAUAUCAUCAAGGUAUUCAACUAGUUCACCAUCUAGAAAAUAUCCAAACAUUUCUCAUUCUAGCCAUGUACUUGCUUCAAAUACGACUCGAUCAAUAACCACAAACAAACUGAUGCCAAAUCGAUCAAUUGAUAGGGCAAAUAAUCUCUUAGUUACUAUUCCUACUAUGACUGGAAAUAUGAAAGUACCUCGCAUAAUUUUAGAUUAAAUUUGAAAAUUUACCAUUUAACUGUUAACUGCAGUAUAUUAUUUAUAUUUAUAUAUAUAUUCAACAAAAAUUAUUUGCAAUUAAAUAUCUUUGAAAUUUUUGAAAAGUAUUUAAAAGUGAUACUGGAAGAAGAAAAAAUGUAUUAUCUACACUGUGAUGUAUAAAUAUAAAUUCAGUAUAUAGUUGUAAGUCGGAAUAUGUCGUUCUUUGUAUAGCUAUUAAUCACAAUGUGUAUGACUUGGAAAGCUAAAAGAAACCUUUUGUCGACAUUUUCUAAAAUUAAGUAAGUGCUAUUUUCUGAAUCUCGAUUAAUUUUUUAGCAAUUUGAGAUAUGGUACAUAUUUGUAGUAAAAAAAAAAAAAAAUGACCAAGUUAUUGCACUUUGGAGUUUGCAAUUGAUAGAAGUCACAAAAUUGAAAUUUCAUACUAGCCACAAAAAACUUCAUAGCUUUAUAACUAGUUUUUGCAGUGAUUUUAAUUUCUUGUACUAAACAUUUGUAUUAAAUAUGAGUCUAUCAAAUUUAGUUUUCACAUAGAAUAAGUAACUAAGUAUAUAGUUAUCAAAUUUGACAAAAAGUCAUUUUGUGACUUAUGUCGUUUUUGAAACGACUGAUUCAAUUAAUAGGUUUUUUCUCAAAUUCAAAUUAGCCAAACUUUCCCUUUUGAUGCUUUCCGAAUCACGUAUAUCACAAUUUAUUGUCAUUGACUAUUAAACUAUGUAAAAAUACACUGGAACUUUUCAACUAAUUUCAACAUUUUAUUAGAAUUUUUAAAUUAAUUGUGAUACAGUUUUGCUAUUCAAUUUUUUACAUAAGAAUGUUAUAUUUCUAUUAACGUUUCUAUGGUUUUUUUCACAUUUUAUGUUACAAAUUAUUUUGCAUUUUGGUCAAUGAUAUAAAAUUCCACCCCUGCCAACUGGGUAUGUCCAUGUCAUCAUCUGAAGUCCCAUUGUGUUAUAUUUUUUUAAACAAUAUGAAUAACAUACAUGUUUACUUAUUUGAAAUGGUGUUUUGGUAAUAGAAACUCAUACGUAUGUAUGUUUGUAUUGGUUUAAUAUUAAUAUUAUUUCCAAAUAAAAACAGAUUAGUCAUUGUGUAAGCUAGGAAUACAAAUAAAAUAACAUAAUAGAUUUUUAUAUUAUUAUUGCAUCAAUAUUAAGCGAAAAUAAUAGUAUAAUAUCAGUAUGAACUAAUUUUUAUCAAAUAUUUUCGGAUUAAUUUAUUACAGAUAAUCUAUUAAGUCAAUAUUUAGUGUGUUGAAUAACUAAGUAAAUUAUAUAUAUUUAGUUUAAUUUAAAAUUGAAUAUAAAUCCAACUGCCGUACCUAUGUAUUUUACCUAUACAUAAAUAUUACUUAUAUUAUAUUUUUAACUAUAAUGAUUUGUUGUUGAAGUAAAAGUUGUGUUAUUAGAAAAAGCUUAAAAUAUUUCAAUUUCUGUUCAUAUUAUUAUAUAAUUAGCUUAGUAAAAUAAUAUAGAAAUAUUGUUUCUGUGUGAAUCAAAACUUUUACUUGCUACUACUACCAUUUUAAGUAAAAAACUGUAUGUUAUUAGCAGCUUUUUCUCCCGCCCACUGUAUUUAAGUAGGUGUAAGCUAAACAUUAAUUUUAAAACGCAGGUAUAUUAAAUGUAUAAGUAUUUAUAGAGUCUUAUUUAACUC